AUGGUGGCCGUAGUAAGGCGUAUGCGAAAGCUGAGAGCAUUGCUCGCCAUAAGAUUAGGACCCGGGGCGGCAAUAUUGCCACCAGAGGUAACGAGGAUCCAUAUGGACUUUGCAGUCGACAUCCAUGACGGACACCAUGGACCAAGGAAGUUUUGGAGGAACUGCCUACCACGAUUAAAAUACCACAAUCCCGCGGUUCCCAUGACAGUAAACCGAACAAUCAACCAGACUGGGCCCGCCCUCAUGACCGUAGACUUCACCUCCCCCAAGGCCGCCGCGACCAUCAAACCCGAAAUCUCCUCAACGACCGAUAAGCAAACAUCUACAGGGCCUGUACCAGAGUCCAAAGCUGGCCCGCCCACAGAAAGAACAGAAGUGAUCAAUAUGAAGCAUAGACAUGACUCUGAGAUUUUAGAGCAGUUGCUGAGGCUUACGAAGGCGAAGGUGGUGAGACCCACCGCGGAGGAGCAAAGGGAGAUUCAGGAGAUGGAGGAGCAGAACGCGAAGAGCGAAAGAGAUGCAAAUAUGAUGGCCAAGGUUAAUGCAAAAAGGAAGAGGGAAGAAGAGAUCCUCGAGCAGGCCAGGGGUGAGGUAGAAGCUAUACAGGAAUGA